GUCGGUCACUGAACUGUGAAGAGCGUCUUCCGCUUUUAGUUUCUAGACUUUCUAAUUUGGUCUUCUGAGGUGUGUCGAGUACAGAAGUAGUGUUGUUCCCUGUUAAUAGUUCUACACGAAAAAAAUUACGUCUUUUAUGCGUGGGUGUUACCUAUGUAAUCUCAAGUUCAAGAUAUCUGACGAUAUGAACGAACAAAAACUCUUGGUAAGUUUGUAAUCCUUACAAAUGAGGUACAUAAACAAAGGAAUGAAAAUCAAUUGACAAAUAUGUAGAAAGAAGCUGUUGGGUGUCACUUCUGAUGAGCAUCUGAAGUUUACUAGCCACUACUUGGAUGAGCUAUCUAAAAGAGUAUCUAGGAAAAUAGGGGUAAUGAUGAGACUGAAAAAUGUAAUACCAACAUUAGCAGAGGUUAGAAUUUACAAAUCUUUGGUUUUGCCACAAAUAAAGACGGUAUGGCACUUUUCUAGAAAAUCUGAUAGCCGGAAGAUUGAUAGUCUCCAAGAAAGAGCGCUUAGAUCAGUCGUAGGCUUUCCGAGUUUGUUUAUUUUAGUUGUUUGAUUUUCGUUUUUAGGUAGUUAGGUGUCCACAAUAUUAGUUUACACUCCGAGUAAGCUAGACAUUUGACACAUUAAUUAAGUCUAUUUAUUGCCAACGAGCCAUCCGAGCGAAGACGCUCGGAUGGCGAGGCGGUGUCACAGCGUUUUGGGCAUCCCCGCGUUUUGGGCAUCCCCAUUCCCAUAUCCCUAGCGUUUUGGGCAUCCCCGGUGGGGGAUGCCCAAAACGCUACGGGACUUCGACUUUGCCUAAAUUAUUUCAGACUGGGGAAAAGUCGGGAUUGUUAAUCACGAAUUUACGGCUAAAUAGUGUAGAUGCAUGUUAGAAUUAUAUCGUCCGACACUUUUUGCCGGGUUAAUUGCGCAGAAAAAAACCCAUAGGCAGUAAACGUUGGCUCAAAACAUGACGAAACUGAAAUUUACAACCGCAUAACAUCGCUUCGAUGCACAACACUUCAUUAUUUGCAAAGCUUUCAAUUUUAUUUAAUAGAACUGUUUACAAGCGAGCAAUGCCGCAAUCGCCAGCAGCUGCGAUCGUCUGCUUCCAAACAGCCAAAAACAAGAAUACUAAACAAAGGAAUCAAAAGGUAAACAUGAAUAAAACUGCGUUUUGCGGUGUUGCAUACAUAGUAUUCAUGACAUGUGAGGCCUGUACAACUUAACCCCGCAGCGCUACUUGAUACAGGAAAGGCUGUCACACAAUUACAGAGGCCUCAAAUCAUCAGAAAUAACCGGGGGUGGGGUGACAAUUCCCCCCCCCCCCCAAAAAAAACCUGCAGUGCAAGGGAAAGGCAUGCGUAGAAAAAAGUCCUGUAGUUAUGUAGUUAUGAUAAAUGGACGCUCCAAUGAUGGUCACUAGAAGAGAUGUUGUGCUUGGCGCACGGGCGUGACAGCCGGCGUGACAUAAAUGGGUGUUCAAGGCCACACUUAGGUCAACUGACAAAAAAACCUGUCAUCUUGACCCUUCAGAAAUGUAACUUCUGAUCUUUGGCUUGACAUAAAAUAAUAACAAACGGGAUCUAUAAGAAGGACUCCGGUCUACAAUGCCCUUUGACAACCUACCAAAAGAUGCAAUUAUGCCUCACCCUUUCAAAGAACACUGAAAACAGAAGAAAUUUAGCGUAUGUUUUCGAUUAUCAACGCGGAUGUUUUAAAUCCACGAUCAAUUGGCAAAUAAAUAACAUUUGUAACUACACUGUAACCAUUUCUAUCGUGUCCUUGUAGUAGUCAGGCCAGUAAAACCGCUCUUUGAUUUUCCUCAGAGUCUUAUCGCGGCCGGCGUGUCCAGAAAAAGGAGCAGAGUGGCACUCUUCGAAGACCCGCGCUUUAUCUUCCUCGGCGAUAACAAGACGUCGAAGAGCUGUGCCAUCCUUCUCCUUGGUCACGUAGAACAAGGACUCUAAUUUUGAGUCAUACUCAAACUUUUUGGCGAAUUUUCUAAGAAUUGUUUUGUCCUGCUUUGUAAAGCCUUCCGGAUAAACCUUAUUUUUAAGAUACCGGAACAGAUUUGUAUAUUUAGCGGAAUCCAUCUCUAAAAGGUUUUCGAUUUUCCCGCGAAAUCCCAAAUUGUUUUGGAGGAGAUGCCCAAAACGCUAGGGAUUUGGGCAUCCCGGGAGGGUACCGGGGGAUGCCAAAAACGCUGCAGUAAUAUGAGAAGGGGAUACCCAAAACGCUAGGGAUAUGGGAAUGGGGAUGCCCAAAACGCUGUGACAGCGGCAGCAGAAUAGAGCCGCGUAAGACUGGGCAAUAGGCAGAAAAAUUCUCGAUCGAGCUGAAAAACGUGUAACCAACCCAAUGUAAUGUAGAUUCCCCUGAGACCAAGUGGUCAGUUGUGAACCAAUCAAAAGGCAGUACCUGGCGCACGGGCUCAAGCCGAAUACCAAACAAAAUUUCACACACUUCCCGCCGUCGUGACUUCCUGUGUUUAUUUACCUAAAUUUUUUCGUCAAACCCGGCCACCGCAGUCAAGAGACAUGAGCACUUGAUAUAUUCUAUUAAUUUUAGGGGCCAUAAUGUUAAGUUUUAACGAAGAGAAGUUUGUAAAACAGCAAAAGUGUUCUAUGUGCAGCAAGCAAUAUUCUCACCACUAAAAAGGAUCAGAUUACACGAGGAGAUAAGGAAAGCUUGACACGAAGAAUGCAGUCGCUUCUGUUGGAAAAUCUGGUGUUGGGGAAAAAAUCUAACCAGCAAACAAAAACAAUGAGAACAAAAACGAAUUACAAGCCUAAAGCGAACGACAAAGGAAAAGCAAACAACGCCAUUAUUUUCGAAACCUGGCCGAUUUCAGUAUAAAAAUAAUGAACUAAAAUUAAAUACCGACGUGCCGUACAUCGCAUGUCCUUGAAAACAUUUCACAUGGCCCAGCGAAUCAUUCUAAGCUUCAAUCCGAUAACAAAAAACCUCGGGAAAUUUGAAAGGAGGUUUAAAUGAUUAAACUGUGCAAAUAUUUAUCAACAAUGUGAAACCGAACCGACAGUAGAUUUGUAGCUGGACUUAAUAAUAUUCCCGAUCGCUUCCUUUGCAAAGCUGACUUUAUUCUUUCAAGGCACUUCACACUUUUACAUAGCAGGUUUGUAAAGCCACCAGACUGAACCUGAGAACUUUUCAAGAAAAUAAUCCUUGCAACAGGAAGGGACCAAGAAACGGUCAAAUGGGAAAAAAAGGAAUUUUAUUCCUAAGCAAAAUGCGCAUGAUUUCCUCGUUGGCACUCUAUCGAUAGGUAUACCUAGUUAUUAGUAGUAUACUGCAGACAGUCUGCUUGAAAUGCUGCUUGCCAUGGGUAUUUAUAGAAAGUGUGGUGUUUUUGAACAAAUUAUACGUAUUUGUAAGUCUGUGAUAUUUAAAAGUGCUAAAGGUGAGAUCAUGACUAUGAGUAGGUUUUUAUGUAAUUAAUACUUGGAAUGAAUCUAUUUGUAUUCACAAAGCAUGAAAUUUGCAUAUAAAUUGCCACUAGUUUCUAUUUAAUUAUCCUUUAGUCAGAGGGUGGAUUCAUUUGCAGCGCACGCGCAUACAUGUAGCUGUCUCAUUUGGCCUCUGAUAAAUUUCAUCCAAAAGGAAAGUUUAUUCCAAGUAACCAUGGGCACUGACUCAUGAUUAUUACAUCUAUUAACAUAAUGUAUGUUCUUACUUGUAAGUGCCAGAUUGUGGGUCACAAAAGUGUGGAAGAAGUGUUAAAGUGUGGAAGUUUGGCAGUAUGGAACAGGGUUGUCAAAAGUAGCCGGUUGCUGGCGAAAAUCGCCGCCUAUUUGGUUAGUAUCGGCCGGCUACUUUGCUUGGCAGUUCUUUACAUAUGGCAUUUUUUAACUAAGACAUCCCUGGACUGGCCGCUUACUUUGACAACUCAGCCUUCUACUUCAAAACUUUCUGACAAUCCUGAUGGAAGUGUGGUAAUAUCAAGUUAGGAAUUUUGGUGCCAGGAACAAAUGGCAUUCAAAUGACUCUGAAGUUUAGUGAUUAGGGUAAGGAAACUGAGUGAAUCAAUUUUCAGGUCGGUUUGCUCAGUAUAUAAUGACCUUAAACAGAACCUGAUUCACUCAGUUGUGGUUUUGGAUCAGGAUAUUGUCACAUUCAAGAAGACUCAGUGCAGGAAACACUACAAGCUUUUAUUUCAGCGAGCAUUAAGCUGUGUAGAGCAUGCUAAUCUGCAUGCGCACAUGUAAGAGACUGCAUGCAAACUAUAUGACACUAUAUAAUCACUAUAAACUUCAGAGUCAUUUGCCAUUCAGCAGCCAUUUAGUGUUCUGAAAAGAACCCUAGCUGGAAUUUUGGAAGUUAGGUAGUAUAGAAGUUUUGAAAAUGUUUAUCAUAAUAUAUUGUUCUCUGUUUUUAUCUAUCAUUUUGUAGUGCAACUUUGAUAUUUGGUAACAGCAUCUUCUGUACAAAGAGUUUAAACAGGCAUGAGUGAUGACCGAGUGUGUGGCUCUCACAAAGUGAAAGUCACCAUAUUGGCUUCUGAAUGGGGAUCAAGCAAAGGAGGGCUUUCUACCAUAAACAGAGAAUUAGCCAUUCAGUUAGCCAAAUGCCCUGAAGUGGAAAUCACUUUCUUUUUACCACAAUGCAGUCAAGAGGACAAGAAAGUUGCCUUACAAAACAAUGUGAAGAUCGUGGAGGCAACACCACUACUUGGCUAUGAACAAUUGGACUGGCUUAGCUUCCCUCCAGAUCAUCUGCAAAUUGAUAUUAUUGUGGGUCAUGGUGUUAAACUUGGUAAACAAGUACAAAUCAUAAAAAAAUCUAAAAAGUGCAAAUGGCUUCAAGUGGUGCACACAGACCCUGAAGAACUUGGGAUGUUUAAAAACUAUUCCAACCCAAUUUCAAAGGGCGAAGAAAAGCACAAGACUGAAGUAGAACUGUGUAAAAUGGCAGAUCAUGUUGUAGGAGUUGGACCCAAGUUGAGUGAGGCCUUCCGCUCAUAUCUACGUAGCUGUAAAAAAGAUGACACUGUUCUUGACUUCACUCCUGGAAUAUUUGAAGAGUUUGCAGCCUUGAAGCAGGUUCCUAGUGAACGGCAACAACGUAGUGUCUUAGUGUUUGGUCGAGGAGACGUAGAAGAUUUUGAAUUAAAAGGGUUUGACAUUGCAGGAAAAGCAAUUGCUGCAUUAGAAGAUACUCGUCUUGUGUUUGUUGGAGCUCCAGAUGGAAAACACAAAGAAAUAGCAAACUGGUUGACUGAAUGUGGUGUUCCUGAAAGGCGCUUGAGAGUAAGAGGAUUUGUUAAAGAGCGAGAGAGUUUGAAGGACUUGUUUCAAGAAGUGGAUCUUGUAAUCAUGCCUUCAAGAACAGAAGGGUUUGGAUUGACAGGACUUGAGGCCCUGUCAGCUGGUCUGCCUGUGCUUGUCAGUGGCAACUCUGGUUUUGGAGAAGCUUUGUGCAGUGUACCUUUUGGUUCAACAUAUGUUGUUAACUCAAAUGAACCUGCUGACUGGACCUCAGCUAUUAAGAAAAUCUUGGCCAAGGACAGGAAAAGUCGACUGGAGGAAGCGAAAAGGUUGCGUGAUUCCUUCGACAAAAAGUACAACUGGGCAAAACAGAUUAAAGAUCUUACUGAGAAGAUGAUCAGUUGGGUUCACGGUAUGAAUGUCAAUUUGAUCAUGUACAUUAUUUUAAUCAUGUAUUACUUUAUUAAUUUGCACAAUGUCAAGUAAUAAAUAUUAUUAUUUUUUAAAAUAUGAAUUGAAUUCUAUUAAAUUUAUUCUUAUUGUUAUCGUUUUAUUAUUUAUUUAUUUAUUUUUCUUUUUUUUCUGCAAAAAAAUAUUUUCCAUCAUACAUUUGAGAGCUUGGUUGAAAGUGUUUUUUGGGUGUCAGACAGCAAUCAGGAGUGGGCAGUGGUUUUGCCCAACAAAUUGUCUCUAUAAGGGUUAGACACCUAGUAAUACUAAAUAUUAUGGUAGACCCAUGGCAGUGUCAUGGCAUGUUAAGAGGUAAAAGCCUUAAUUCCAGUUGCCAUUUGCAGGGUUGUCAGUUGAAAGCAUAACCCGUAACACCUGGAAAAGGUCUUGAAAAAUAGAAAAAAAGUCUCUGGAAAAAUAGUAAAAACUCUGGACCUUUUUUUCAUAGGUAUACAACAAUUGCUUAAUAAGUGAUUGUUUCCCUGUGGUCAAUUUCCAUUCAAUCUCCCCUGUAUUGAAGACAUUUAAUCACAGAAUGUCCACAUUGCACCUUGUUUACGAUAUGUUUACAGUGCAUCAUGAAAAAAGCUUGGAUCCGGUGUUUUUCAAGGUCUUUAAGUGAUCACCUAUUAAUUUUGUUCACCUUGAAAUUAUCUGGAAAAGUAAAGUAUUGUUUUGGAAUAAGUCUGCUCAAACCCUGUAGUUAAAAAGCUUGUAGAAUUUGGCAACGGUUAAUUACUUAUAGCAACCAUAAAAAGUGAAAAUUUUGAUUAAUGAAUUUUUGUCAUUCUGCCUUAUAGAUCCUGAAUCAACUCACUUUGCUUGCACUAAUGAGAGAUUAAAUUAUCCCCAUUUAUGUCGUCUUCUAAUCACCUUGGGUUCAAAGGCACUCAGAGCAACCUUUGACAAAAUAAUUCCACCACAGAGUCUUCAUAGGUGUUUGAAACAUCAAGCACACUUUAAACUGUUGUUACUUCGAAAGCAAGGGGUGUUAAACUCACUCCAAUGGAGUAAAUUGUAUCCUUCUUCAUCCUCUGAAGUGACAUCUGCAAGCUUUGAUAUCCCCCUCUUGAUGGUGCUCUUAAGGACGAUAUGUAACCUGAGUCCUCCACCCGCUGGCUGGGACACACCUCCUCUCACAGCAGACACCAGUCGUGAGUCUGACAUUGCCCGUGUUAGGUGUUUCAUGAAUGCUGUGUCUAAACAUGCUGGAGAGGGCUUCAUCAAUGAUGCUGUGUUCAGUAACUACUGGCAGCAGAUUCGUGACACUUUGUUGAGAUUGGGAGGAGCCCAUUAUGGAGAUGCCAUUGACGAAAUAAGGGAUCAGGAAAUGGACCCUCUGGAGGAAGAACAUUUCAGGGAACUUCUAAAGCAGUGGAAGAAAGUGGAGGACGAUAUCAAAGACAAGCUGAGUGAACUCGAAAGUGAAUUUAAUGAGUCAGGUUAGCUUUAGUAUUAUGUGUGCAUUGAUCUUGCUGUUAUAUAACUGACUCAAUAAAGGUUGCUUUGGGCAUUGGUAAUUGGGCACUGGCAAGCUAUUGUUUGGUGGUCACUCAAGCAAAUCAUCGAAUUGUUCUGUAUGCUGAAAUACCCAAUGCCCAAUCGCUAAUGACCAAUAUUGUCAAAGCGACCUCAAUUGAAUUGGGUGUAUCAAAGAUUCAGAGCAUCUUGGCUGCACUUGCUCGGCAGUCUUGAUACCUAACAAUUAACAGAAAUCUUAGUAAGCAUUCUUUUAGGUAUACAUUUAAAAUAGUAACAAGACGCUACGGAGCGUACACUUCGGCGUCGUGGUUGUUGAACUAAUUAAUUGUAAAUGCUGAGCAAUAGUAAGAAAUCAAAUAUGGUAAGAGUAAGGUGUUAAUUUGUGAAAUUAUGGGAUUUGUCAGGAUAUUCUGAAAAGAGCAACAUCCAAGAGGCCUACUUGCCAAAAAAUAGCAUUUCGGGACAAAUUGUCUCCAAGAUAUUAGCCAUACAAAUCCUUCUAAAAAAACAAUUCUCUAUUUUUCUUAGUCACAUCAGGCUUCAAAAACAGCAUAGCAGUCUCCUGUACUGAUUAAAGAUAUGUAAGGCAUGGGUAAGGAGUCAAUUGCGUUAAGCAUGGAAUUGGCUAAAACUCAAAGUCACGAGUUCGAAUGUUUUGAGGAUAAUUAUUCACUGGCUAUCAGCACGCAGGGAUGUCGGAUUAACACAAGGAAGUUUAACACCAAAGGAACAUAACCUUUACAGAGCUUUAAAACACAGCAUCCGCCAACACAAACUUGACUUGAACUUUGAGUAAAACUAAACAACCUCUACCAAUAAUAACAAACUCUCACUUGAACUUCAGAUAUCUUACGGCUUCCGCGAACUUGUAAACACAGAACCUGAAAAUCGACCUUCGUCACACUUGACUAAACAUAGCAGUCCAGCUCGUGGGAAAAAACUUAGUUCGUUAAAAGAACUCGCUUGGAACUUGAAUACCGUUUGACAUAAGGUUCUAGAAAAUACCAAACAGGCGAAUAGAGUAGCUUUUCGACAUAUUUUAUGAUUUCAGUAACUGAUGCAAAUCUGCUGACUCAGGCUGAAAUGUAAACAUGCCCUAAUUAAUUAUUCAUAAAUAAUCCAAAAACGUAGAGAACGUUCGAGAAAGUCACGCAACGCAUGAAAUAAAUUUUACUACGUAACACUCAACAAAGACAAAAUGUCUGUGCAGCAUUUUGUAACUUUAAAUUCAUCAUAAAACAGGUCGAACGGAGGGCUCACUCGUGAAAUGUUUUUCAACACUCGAAGAGAAAUUUCGUGUCGCUGCGCGACCACGAAAUAUCCUCUAUUUAUUCCUCGAGUAAUUAAAGACUAAACUCGAAGUGAUCUCAAGAUAUCACGAAGUAGUCCGGUCUCAUUUCGUGAAAUAGUUGAAACAAGCCGAAAAGUCACGAACUUUCACGCCCAACCUUGUCCCGAAACUAGUGCACCAUUUCAUAACUAUUUUUCAUAUCCAAACUACCUUGGGUCGCAGUAGCGCAAUCGACUAAUCCCUCAACUUUGAGUCUCCUCUGAUCUGACGGGUCACACAGGUGAGUCGGUUCAAACCCCGAGAAAGCCCAAAUAAUAAUUCUUUCUUCCUCGAAAAAGUUAAAGAGUAUAUCAAAGAAAUCGAAGUGAUCUCGAGAUAUCUCGAACUAAUUCGGCGUCAAAUAGCCGAACAGAACCGAAAACCCACAGACUUUGCUUGCCCAAUCUCGUCAAAAAAUUGCAACUUUGAUACAUUCCUGAGCGUCGCGAAUCCUUUACUUCGCGCUCCGCCGAAGUAAUAAUCAACGAGUAUGGGCGACAGCGAUUCAAAGUUACCACGCUCUAAGUCUUUCUUCAAUUCUGUGCUUUACGGAAGUUUCACAUGAUAGGUAGUUAAAACACAUGUGAUCGCAUUGCCAGUUCUGUGUGUUCCAUUCAUUUUUAGUGGAGGUCCAAACAUAGCUGUUCGAAGCUACAUGGUUACAUAAGUGCCAUGCAUACGUAAUUUCAACCUGUAGAUCAGAAUGGGCCAUUUGCAUGGAGAGGUCACGUGACCAAUGCUUCCUUUAAUCAAUGAGUUGGAAUCUUGCUAAUGCCAAAAAUUGACAGAGCACAUAAAAAUUAUCCUACACCCGAAAUUUGAGAGGAAACGCAUUUAAAGGAGAUAUUUUAUGGCACUUUGAUUUUUCAACAAAGUAGUAUGAUUUGUAUUGGCGGCCAUGUUGGAGGGCAUACUCUUGCCCUCCAACAUUUCGGCCAAAACUACUUUUUGCUUAUAUCUUGUUAAACGUUUGAUAGUUACACUCAGAUGUGCUGUAAACGUUACCACAUUAUCGUUUCAACAUUUUCCUUGAAGUUUAAGUGCAGAACUUGUGUAAUUUUAAAAAUCACAUUUUGGUCACGUGACCAGCUACGAACUUACUCAUUUUAAGAAAAUGGUGCGGGUUUGAAAAACCAAAUCACCAUUAUUUUGUUUAAGAUAUGACCCACUGAUCGUUUUUCGAAGGCAAAAUCAUACAACUUUCAUUUUCAUAAAAAUGAUGUCACAUGACCUCUCAGUGCAAAUGGCCUAUUAUGGGCUCCUCUUGUCGCCCACAGUAAUUAUUGAUUAAUGUGAGUUAAAUGUAAGGCUUAAAGAUGAAGCUUUUGAUACCCUGAGUUUAGCUUUUCCUUGUUGCACGGAAGCAUGAAAUAGUAGCCUCCCACGCAGACGUUCUUAGGGGAUUUGGCUCAGUUUGUCAAGACAACAAGAUGAACUCUUGUGUUUGGCAUUCCUUUCUCAUUGCUGACGUCAUUAUGAAGCACUAGUAUGCUGUAACUGAAAGAACUUUCAUCAGUUCGGACUUUCUGCAAACAAAAGUUUGACUUGGCUUAUAAAAUGCUGUGACCACAUGCCACAUUGAAAUCUAGGCGAUUUAAGAGACAACUGACCAGACGGUAAUGCCGGGUCUAUAUCCCUAAUUCCAGUGCUUCAGUGAAAUUGAGGUCAGGAUAUUUCCAUCUGUUUUUUUAAUUUUUUGAUUGGACUAAAAAUAGAAUCACAAAGUACUUCUUAAAGAGUGUCAUAUUUCCCGAAUCAUGCGCUUUCUGUAAUAUACAAACUAAGAGGUUAAAUGAAUAUUUAUCUUUUUAGAUUUGUCACACCCAAGCGACAUUUUAGAGAAGAUCCGUCAACUGUAUAGAACACGUGAACAACGCCUUCUGCCUGUCCCUUGGUGUGAAGAUUUCAGCUUUCAUUUGAAUGAUAUGUUUACUAGACUUAAAAUCUUUGGUAAAGAAAAGUCCCGAGGAGUACUUACUGACGAGAUAACCAAUAUGACUGCUAUCUUUAAGGCGCACGCAGAAUGUCAAAGCCCCCGAACAAUCUUGAUCGAGGGAGAUCCUGGCAUGGGAAAAACCACAUACUGUCAAAAGCUGGCGUAUGAUUGGGCAACUAAGCAGGAUGAAUGGGACCCGUCUUUUCCAGAUAUUGAAGUGCUACUGCUUCUCAAAUGUAACGAAUUUCAAACCAGCAUCUGGGAGGCUAUUGAUGAUCAAAUUUUACCGGAGGAAAUGCAAGAUCAAGCUAAAGAAUGUUUCUUUAAAUUCAUUCGCGAAAAUCAGUCGAAAGUUCUCUUAGUUCUCGACGGCCUGGAUGAAGUGGAUCCGAGUAACCUCAAAGUACUCUCCAGCCUUGUUCAAGGUAAAGAACUUUCAGGUUGCUACAUUGUUGUCACAUCUCGUCAUGAGGCUGGAAGUAAAGUAAGGAGGUACUUUGACACUCUGUGGGAAAUUGAAGGAUUUACCAUGGAGGAUGCAGAAAGCUUUAUUCUCAAAUACUUUAAAAACAUCAACAAAGAGCACUUGGCCUGGAAACUUCUAAAAAGCAUAUGGCAUGUGCCCUUUCUAUUUGAGUCAAAACAGGAUAGAUACCUGAAUGAAUUGACAAAAAGUCCCUUAAACACUGCCUUACUGUGUGUUAUUUGUGAGGAUUUUGAAGGCGUGUUUCCAACGAGCAGAACUGAAUUGUACACGGAGAUUGUUCUUUGUGUUUUAAGAAGAUAUGAACAAAAGCAAGGUUUAGCGAGCAAGAAUGAAGACCUGUUGACCGUUUACAAAAAAGAAUUAAUAGAUCUUGGAAGAAUGGCAUUAGAAUCUCUUCUAAAAGGAGAAUUGUAUUUUGAAGAACAUAAAUCUGACGGUGGCCUCAUUGUCUUAUCCAAGUUCGGAUUCCUUUCACUUCAGGCUGGUGGCAGUAAGAGGAAAGUUGUUGUGCGGUAUGCAUUUCUUCAUAAGAGCUUUCAAGAAUUCUUUGCUGGUUUCUAUCUUGCUUACAAACUCACUGAGGGAGAAAUUGAGUGCAAAUCAGUGGUGACUGACCAAAGAUACGAGAACGAUUUGUAUCAAGUCUUUUUAUUUAUGAUCGGAAUUUUAGUUUCAACAAGUGAGAAAACCGCAGAGUCUCUUGUAACAUGUAUGGCUAGAAAUAUCAUAAGUCUUCAGUCUGCGAAAGGCGUUUCAAAGCGUCUUGUAUUUUCUUUAGGUUGUUUAUCAGAGUACCAAAGUUUAGUUUACAUCUUAGGAGAGCACCUUCGCAUUCGUUAUUUGAAUUUGAAGUCAGAAAUAGGGGAAGAUGAUGUUGUUUUUCUUUCCAAGGCCCUUGCAGUAAACUCCUCCUUAACUAAUUUGGAUUUGAGUAAGAACAGUUUUGGCAAUUCUGGAGCUUCGUCUCUUGCUCAGGCCCUUGCAGUCAACUCCUCCUUAACCAAUUUGGAUUUGAGUAAGACUCGUUUUGGCAAUUCUGAAGCUGCGUGUCUUGCUCAGGCCCUUGCAGUCAACUCCUCCUUAACUAAACUGGAUUUGAGUGAGAACCGUUUUGGUAAUUCUGGAGCUGCGUCUCUUGCUCAGGCCCUUGCAGUCAACUCCUCCUUAACUAAACUGGAUUUGAGUGAGAACCGUUUUGGUAAUUCUGGAGCUGCGUCUCUUGCUCAGGCUCUUGCAGUCAACUCCUCCUUAACUAAUUUAGAUUUGAGUGAGAACCGUUUUGGCAAUUCUGGAGCUGCGUCUCUGGCUCAAGCUCUUGCAGUGAACUCCUCCUUAACUAAUUUGAAUUUGCGUGGGAACAGUAUUGGUGAUUCUGGAGCUGCGUCUCUCUCUCAGGCCCUUUCAGUCAACUCCUCUCUAACUAAUUUGGAUUUGCGUGGGCACAGUAUUGGUCAUUCUGGAGCUGCGUCUCUUUCCCAGGCUCUUGCAGUCAACUCCUCCUUAACUAAACUGGAUUUUAGUUGGAACAGUAUUGGUGAUUCUGGAGCUGCGUCUCUUUCCCAUGCUCUUGCAGCCAACUCCUCCUUAACUAAUUUGGAUUUGCGUGGGAGCAGAAUUGGCGAUUCUGGAGCUGCGUUUCUUUCCCAGGCUCUUGGAGUCAACUCCUCCUUAACUAAUUUGGAUUUGAGUUGGAACAGUAUUGGCGAUUCUGGAGCUGUCUCUCUUUCCCAGGCUCUUGCAGUCAACUCCUCCUUAACUAAUUUGGAUUUGCGUGGGAUCAGAAUCGGCGAUUCUGGAGCUACGUUUCUUUCCCAGGCUCUUGCGGUCAACUCCUCUUUAACUAAUUUGGAUUUGAGUUGGAACAGUAUUGGCGAUUCUGGUGCUGCGUCUCUCUCCCAGGCUCUUGCAGUCAACUCAUCCUUGACAAAUUUGGAUUUGAAUUGGAACAAGAUUGUUGAUUCUGGAGCUGUGUCCCUUUCCCAGGUUCUUGCAGUCAAGUCCUCCUUAACUAAUUUGGGUUUGCGUGAGAACAGUAUUGGCGAUUCUGGAGCUGCGUCUCUUUCCAAGGCUCUUGCAGUCAACUCCUUCUUAACUAAUCUGGAUUUGAGUGGGAACAGUAUUGGUGAUUCUGGAGCUGCGUCUCUUUCCAAGGCUCUUGCCGUCAACUCCUUCUUAACUAAUCUGGAUUUGAGUGGGAACAGUAUUGGCGAUUCUGGAGCUGCGUUUCUUUCCCAGGCUCUUGCAAUCAACUCCUUCUUAACUAAUCUGGAUUUGAGUGGGAACAGAAUUGGUGAUUCUGGAGCUGCGUUUUUUUCCCAGGCCCUUGCCGUCAAAUCCUCCUUAACUAGUUUUGAUUUGAGUGGGAACAGAAUUGGUGAUUCUGGAGGUACUGCACUGUCCAAUGUGAGCACGAUAAAUACAACGGUGAAAGUAGAUGGUCUUGUUCUUGAUUGA